GAUAAACUCACUACGAGAAGGAAAUUGAUAAUAUAUGAGUUAACUAUUGAUAAACUAGAGUUGCUUCCUUGUGGUCAGGUGUAUAUAGCUGCUCCCCUUUCUCCAACUAAACAGAACCUACCAGAGAUUCCUUAUACAACAGGAGAGUAUCACCAUGAUGAUGUUGACCAUAUUUCUGCUUCUCAGUGCUGCCUUUGCUCUGGGUGAUGCAAGGGAUCUGAGUGACACAGAGAAUCAAAUUAUGGAGAACCUGAUACGCAACCUGCCAAUCGAGUCUGAGGAGAUGGGAGGAAAGGAGAUGCAGGGACUACAAACCAGGAGUUCAUCAUGCCCACCUGGUUGGCACAGUUAUAGGACACGCUGCUAUCACUACGUCCCCAUCAUGGCCAAAUGGCCAGAGGCAGAGCAUUACUGUUUGUUAUUGGGAGGUAACCUGGCAUCAGUGCACAGCCUCUCCCAGUAUAACUUCCUUCAGUCAGUCAUCCAAAGUAGUGCCAACGGAGCCCAGCGCACCUGGAUUGGAGCCAACGAUGCCAUCAAGGAGGGUCUUUGGCUGUGGAGCGAUGGGUCCAGGUUUAGCUACCAGAACUGGGGCCAGGGGCAACCCGAUAACAGCAACCAUGGUGCUGGGAACGACAACACGAAUGGCCAUGAGCAUUGUAUGGAGAUGAACUAUGGAGAUGACUUCAGGCAGAAUGAUGCACCCUGCUGGAUGCAACUUCCAUUCAUGUGUUCCAGAAAGCUGUAAUAUCAACAGAUUGGGAGAGAAUUCAUGUUUUAACAUUACUCCCCUGGUUAGUCAGUCAUCAUGUUCAGUGUACUUUUAGAUUCUUGCUGAUUUUAAUGUGAUUGUAUUGCCUUAUCUUGAUGAUUAUUGCUGAUUAUGUAAAGUGACUUUUGGUGUCUUGAAAAGCACUUGUAAUAAUGCAUUUUUGAAAUGUUCCCUGUGGCUCAGUUGGUAGAGCAUGGUGUUUGCAAGGCCAGUGUGGUGUGUGCGAUGCCAGGGUUGUGGGUUCGAUUCCCAUGGGGGGCCAGUACAAAAAAAAAAAAAAAUGCAUGAAAUGAAAUGGAUGAAUUUACAACUGUAAGUCGCUCUGGAUAAGAGUGUCUGCUAAAUGACUAAAAAUGUGAAAUGUAUCUGAGAGGCUCUCAGGUGAUGGGGUUCUUCAAUAAAGCCACAGUCUGUAAUA